GAUGGGGAAUUGCCAAGCGGCGGAGGCGGUGGCAGUGGCAGCGGCGGCGGUGAUCGAACACCCGGGAGGGAGGGUCGAGAGAGUCUACUGGACGGUCGCGGCGAGCAACGUCAUGGCCGCAAACCCUGGUCACUACGUCGCGGUUGUCGUCGUCGCUGCUCCGCGUAGCUCUGCUUCUGGUAACUCGUCGUCCUCUGCUUCCUCCGACGGAGACGGUGGUACCCGUGCUGCUGCACCGGUGGCGCAUGUGAAGCUGCUCCGCCCCGACGAUCCCCUCCACAUCGGCCGCGUCUACCGCCUCGUCACCUUCGAAGAUGUGCUUAAAGUGUUCGGAUCGAGAAGACACGUGAAGCUAAGCAAGUUGAUAGCGAGGCAAGAGAGGAAGAAGAAGGCUAAGCUUCAGGAGAGCGACGAAGGAGGAGGAGGAAAUGCGAGCAAUGAGAGCUCUUCUGAAACGAAGAUGGAGAGCGAGAAACAAGAGGAUAACAGUUUCGAGCUCGAAAGCGACGUAAGCGGAGAUGUUAUGACUACUUACAAAUUGUCGAAGUGUGGGCUUUGGAGGCCAACUUUGCAGAGCAUUGCAGAAGGGGAGAGUUAGAUCAAUUUGCUCAUCCAUCUC